AUUUAUUUGGAUUUUUUUUUAUUUUUUAUCUAAAUCGAGUAACAUACCUUGUUUGAUUUUUUUUUAUUUACUGGACUUAUUUGAACUUUAAGGAUUGGAGUACGUUUCCCACGUAUGAUCUUGGACACAAAAAGAAGAUAAUUUAUCGUGGAUGGAUGCAGGUCUGAGCUCCUCCUACUGCACAGAAUGAACACAAUGGAUUCAAUGACUCAGCAUUUGACAAAAACAGCCGAGAUUGACUGAAUACCAUGGACCCCCCUCUUCUGUUUCCAUUUGAUCUGGAUAAGCUACCAACGACUCUCAACACAUCAGCCGUAAUCCCUUACAACAUCAACACCACCGGCCUGUAUGCCAACUUUGUCAACAUCAUCAACUCCACCACCUGGGCCAACCUUCAGCCUCAAAACAUUCAUGAACGAGCAGACGACAUCUUCACCAAACCAGAAAACAUCAUCACUCUGAUCUUGUGUUUCUUGGCCCUGGCUGUGAACGCUAUCUCCAUUGCAGCCACUGCCCACAUACCCCAUGGACUGACGAAUCAUUCCAAACUUAUCAUUAGUUUAGCUGUAUCCGAUAUCCUAGUCACGCUGAGCGUCUUUAUGCAUAUUCUUAUUAAGGUGGUUGUGGCACCUAUUAUUCCACCUACCCUAGAUAACUUAUCGGAAAGACUGACUUCCGCAUGCAUGUUCCAAUUUGUGAACUCCAUUAACAUAACGGCACAUCUGAUUUCUCUGUUUAAUCUCUUUGCGAUGGCAUUGGAUCACUACAUUUCUGUCCUGCAACCUCUCCACUACUACCACAUCAUGAAUAAUUUCCGCGGGAAUAUCAUGAUCACCGUUUUGUGGGUCACAGCAUUCAUUGGUGGCUUCUCAAAUUUUCUGGCUGGAUUUGGAAAGACGGAUAAAGACGAUUUUGUGAAUUUUUGUGAGUAUACGCUAUAUUCCGAAUACCAGGCCGAAUAUAUAGUAAUUAUUAUGGCCCUGAUCUGUCUCAUUUCCAUCUUAUUUAUCUACAUAAGGAUAUAUCGAGAAGUGAAGCAAAUUAAUGCAAAAUGUGUCAUGCUUCUCAAGGAUGGACUCCACAACAAAAAAGCCCUGCGUACAACUCUUCUUAUCAUUGGAACAUUCGUAGUGUGUUGGCUGCCCAGCAUGACAUUUCAAAUAGCCAUGAUAAUUCAAGUCCACAUAAAUACCGAAACAGUUAAAGAACUCUUCACGACUCUGAUUCGUGCCAAUAAGUACCUCUACGCACUCUUACUUGUGAACUCUCUCACUGAUCCAAUCAUUUACGCUGUGCGACUCAAGGAUGUGCAGAACGGGUACUUCCGACUUCUGUCCCGAUGUUCGAAGUUCUACCAGGAAAAAGUGAAAGAGGAAAUUUACAACCAAUCCAGAAUCGCCUUCCAUUCCAAAAGGAGGUCGACGGAGAAUACCAUAAAAUUUCUCCUAACAGACUGCAACUCCAACCAAUCUACAACCGGCAUACACAGAAACGUGUCUGCUCCACUUCUGGGUGAUAACAGUGUUGUCAGUGAAAUGUACUCUUUAACAAGAGACGUACACAUGAACGUGCUUUUCCAAAACGAAUCUGCGGAAACGGAGCACUGUGAACUCCUUCCUCUAUCUCGUAAAAAUGAGGAUGAAAACACAGUGGAACUACAUGAAGACUUGCUUUGUGAUAAUAAAUUAGUGAAAGUAUCAAACAAUGGUAUUCAGCAACCUGCUGGUAACUCAUUAGUAAAUUCUAUAAGAAAAGACACAAGUGAUACGUCACAAUCUGAUACCCCUAAUCUUAUAGUUGACAAUCACAAUGGACCUGAAACUAAACUGUCCCACACUGUUUCUGUCCACAUGCCAGUCAGGCAAAAUUCUGUCCCCUCAGGUGAAGAACUUCUGUGCAAUUCUAAUGGAAGUAGAAACUCAGUUUAGCAUCUAGUUCCUUGGAAUAAAAUUUAUUUCUAAAUUGUGAUUACUAUAUGUGUCUGCUGUGCAAUUCUAAAGAAAAGAAGUUAUUGUAUACUUAUGAAUUUUCAUGGGGGUCCAAAUUUCACUGUGUUCUCAAGGUAUUGAAACACCAAUGAUUUGUGUCCCCAACAAAAUGUUAGAAUUUCAUUAUAUAACCAUGACAUUUUAACCCCGUAAAAAAUACAUAAAACUUUGGGUCUAUCCGUACCAUGAAAGAAAUUUGGACCCCCAUGACAACUCACUUAAGUUCAAGUGAAACUCUGACACUGUUCAGUGCAAUUUUGUUUUUAAUUGAACCUUAGGGAUAAUCAUUACACAUUUAUAUUUAAGUUUAAUAUCAAUAUGUGCUUACACAAAUGUGCUAUCUGAUUAAGACUGUUUUAUGUAUGAAAUUCCAAGGAAAGUAAAAAUUCUCUUUUUUCUUAGCUUUAAACCUAAAUGUUGGUACAGAUUAAAAUCUCUGAUUCCACAUCUGCUUUAGAAAUUAUUGUUUAAUUUGGGCUGAGGUGCUUAACAGUUGAUUUCCCUAAUAAAGUCCUUAGCACUCAAAAGUAAUGAAAAUUAUGCAAGUUUAAAGUUUAAAUGAAACU